CCUCUUCUGAUCAUGAGGGAAGCGAGCUGAAGUCUGAAACCUGAGCUCCUUCACAGAAUCACCGCUGGGUGAAGCUUCGGUAAAAGGCUGCCUGCCUGCCUGCCUUGAGCAGUCACUCUCUUUCACUGGGCUGUCUGAACAGCAUGAAAGCGGCUCCCUGGACUCACCUAGGACUCGCCGUCCUCCUGCAGUUCCUGUUCAUUUCCUGCUUGCCCAGAGAAUAUACAGUGAUCAAUGAAAACUGUCCAGGAGCAGAAUGGAAUAUCAUGUGCCGGGAAUGUUGUGAGUAUGAUCAGAUCAAGUGUGUCUGUCCUGGGCGGAAAGAAGUUGUGGGUUACACCAUUCCCUGCUGCAGGAAUGAGGACAACGAAUGUGACUCCUGCCUCAUUCACCCAGGUUGCAUGAUUUUUGAAAACUGCAAGUCUUGCCACAAUGGCUCCUGGGGGGGAACACUAGACAACUUCUACAUCAAGGGUGCCUACUGUUCAGAAUGCAGGGCUGGCUGGUAUGGCGGGGACUGCAUGAGAUGCGGGCAGGUUCUUCAGGCAUCAAAGGGGCAAAUUUUGUUGGAGAGCUAUCCCCUGAAUGCUCACUGUGAAUGGACUAUACAUGCCAAGGCUGACUAUAUUGUGGAGUUAAGGUUUUCCAUGCUGAGUCUGGAGUUUGACUAUAUGUGCCAGUAUGAUUAUGUGGAGAUCCGAGAUGGGGACAGUGUCGAUAACAGGAUAAUUAAGCGUUUCUGUGGGAAUGACAGGCCUCCUCCAAUCCGAAGCACAGGGUCCUCACUCCAUGUUCUUUUCCAUUCAGAUGGGUCAAAGAAUUUUGAUGGGUUUCAUGCCAUCUUUGAAGAAAUUACAGCUUGUUCUUCAUCUCCAUGUUUUCAUGAUGGAACCUGUGUUCUAGAUAAAGUUGGUGGCUACAGGUGUGCUUGUCUGGCUGGCUAUACUGGGAAUCGCUGCGAAAGCUUGGUGAUGUGUAGGACUCCAGGUGCUCCUGCUUAUGGUUUUGUGGAAGGAGAUGACUUUAAAUAUGGGGCCCAGGUUUACUUCAAGUGCAACAUGGGCUACACCUUAAGAGGCAGCCAUGUUGCCUACUGUCAGCUAGAUGGGAGCUGGUCAACACAACAUCCUGGAUGUGUUAUAGAAGACAGAAACUGCUCCUAUCCUGGUGCUCCACUCAAUGGGUACACAAAAGUGGUGGAAGAUAGUUCUCUGAUGAACAGCCGUUUUGCAAAAAUUGGAACGAUCGUUGCAUUCUUUUGUAAUAAUUCCUAUAUUCUCAGUGGUAAUGGGCAAAGGACCUGUCAAGAGAAUGGAGAAUGGUCAGGGAAACAACCGAUCUGCAUAAAAGCUUGCAGAGAGCCAAAGAUCUCUGACCUGGUGAGGCAGAAAGUACUCCCAAUGCAGGUUCAAUCAAGAGAGACUCCUUUGCAUCAGCUCUAUUCAUCUGCAUUUAGCAAGCAUAAACUGGACAUAUAUCCAACCAAAAAGCCAUCACUGCCAUUUGGUGAGCUACCGCCAGGCUUCCAGCAUCUUCACACACAGCUUCAGUAUGACUGCAUUUCUCCCUUCUACCGUCGCCUGGGAAGCAGCAGAAGAACCUGUCUUAAAACAGGAAAAUGGAGUGGGCGGGCUCCUUCAUGCAUUCCAAUUUGUGGAAAGUUAGAAAACACCACUCUGCAGAAGCCAUCCACCCUCAGAUGGCCAUGGCAAGCAGCCAUCUAUCGGAAAGCCAAUGGGGUGAAGACCCCCAGUCACCAAAAGGGUGCGUGGAUACUGAUCUGCAGUGGCGCCCUGCUGAAUGAACGCACAGUAGUGGUGGCAUCUCACUGCGUUACCAAUUUGGGGAAGGUCACAGUUCUCAAAACAGCAGAUCUCAAAGUAGUCCUUGGCAAGUUUUACAGAGAUGAUGAUAGAGACGAAAAGACUAUACAGAACUUACGGAUUUCAGCCAUUAUAGUGCACCCUAACUAUGACCCCAUAUUGCUUGAUUCUGACAUUUCUAUCAUAAAACUUCUGGACAAAGCCAAAAUCAGCAACCGAGUCCAACCAAUAUGCCUGGCAUCAAUGCGUGAUAUUGACCCACCUGCAGAUGACUUCCAAAUAGUGGUCACUGGUUGGAAGAUCCUGACAGAUAUUACAGAUCCUAACUACAAGAAUGACACAAUCCGCAUGGGAACUAUUCAGACUGUGGACUCACUGGUUUGUGAGCAGCAAUAUGAGGAAAAUGGCAUCCAGGUCAGCAUCACUGAGAGUAUGUUUUGUGCCAAACAAUAUCCAGCUGCCUUUUCUAAUAUUUGUCCUUCUGAGACAGGAGGGAUUGCUGCGAUACCUUUGCCAGGAAAGUCAUCUCCUGAGUUGACUUGGCAUCUCAUGGGCAUGGUGAGCUGGGGCUAUGAUAAAACAUGUAGUCUAGAACUCUACACUGGCUACACCCGAGUAAUCCCUUUCAAAGACUGGAUUGAAAAGAACAUGAAAUGAAAAGCUGGGUACAAAAAUGGCUUUUAAAAUAUUAAAUAUAUCCAUUCCUCUCACAGUCUCUGAUGUUUUCUUAUCCUAUUGACUGAACAUUUACAGGAUGAGGCUAAAGCAGAUCCUAGAGCCUUGUCCAAUGAAAACAGCUCAUCUGUACCAGAGACUCUGAGUGUGGCAGAUGGAUUGACAUGUGUCAGCUAUCCAUUCUCCUGGUGGGAAUAGGGUGCUUGGAUGGUGGUCUCUAAUUCAAAAAGCACAAUGAUCAGAAGUAGCUGUAUUCAAUUUACAUGUAACCAUCACUUGGAUAAAACAAUUGGAACACACUUUUUAAUCAAAGUCUGAGAUAAUUAGGAGGCUGGAAAGAGAUAAUGAAGAGGUUGAUGAGCUUGUUAUCGUCUAAGCUGUCUGUACUGCCACAUUAUUGUAUUCUUUUUUCCUCCUGUGUAUGUUACACAUUCAAAUAAACAAAGGUUUGUUUUAAACCUGAGAAACAAUAUUUGAUAA